AUGGUGUGCUUCCUAAGAGAAAGAGAACGAUUAGAAGACGGAAACGACAGAGCAAAACAGGUGCACGUGCAGGCGCGAGGAGGAAGAGGCGAAGAGCGCGCGCGCGACGGAUGCCACGACGGUGACGGGGACAAUGAGGUCACUCGGGGUGAGGACAUUGUUCAUCCAUUAUCAUCGCUUCACGGUUCUGAUUUCUUCGCUGACGACAGAGCCGCUGAUGAUGGACGGCGGAGUACCGGCCAUCGAAUGCGCGCCGGCGCCACUCAGAUCUCCGUCAACGACGACCAAAGCAACAUGCAUCCCGCACUGAUCACAAUCGAUGUUUAUUGUAAAGCUUCACAUGAUACGUCGAAAGUCGAACAGAGCAUCGCAUCACGUUACGGAAUCCCCGGCAAGAGCGCCGUCGUCCGGUGUGCAGUGAAGGAAAACAGCCCGUCUGUGACCGGUUUCCACUUCUGGCUGGACAGUCGCCUAAUUCAGGUAGAUGACAAGUAUCAGGGAAACUUGAACCAACUGGAACAACGGACGACAUCGCAUCGCAUCGCACGGGCCCGAUGCGGUCUCGUUUUUGCUACCUGUUGCGCGGGAUCUCUUGACAUAAACUGGUUAAUGUUACGGUUCACGGUAUACGAAGAUUUACGAGCCUAUGAGACGCAAUGCGACCAAUGGCAAAACCGAGUCAGAGCUGUCAUUCGUCUUCAAGAAAGCGAUCAAGCAGAUGAUUGGACUUAA